CUGAGCAACAAAGUUCAACAAUUGAGAAAUAAAAUCGUCGUGCAUCUCACCCAACACUUAAACUCUACUGCAAAUAACUAUCCUCUCUAUGGAUCGCAGUCUGUUGUCAAAACGCCACAGCAAAUUAAAUGUUUUGCUUUCCCCCAGAAAACAAUGCAGUGACUUUUGUUCAAUGUGCACCCAGAACGGAUUGCGAUGAUUGCGUCCAACUUGAGUGUGAUCAGUUGCAGGAGGGCGAACAGCGCGCUGUGCCUCAGUGCAGUGGAGGAACAUUUGGAGGCGUCCUCCUCCUAUCGCAACCUCAGUCCCACCGGCCACCUGCUCGUGGCGGUGACCUUGGGCUUCAUCGGCAGUUUCGGAUUCCUCAACAACCUUCUGGUUCUCGUGCUCUUCUGCCGCUACAAGAUUCUGCGGUCCCCCAUCAACUUUUUGCUGGUGAAUAUUUGCUUGAGUGAUCUCCUGGUUUGCGUGUUGGGCACGCCGUUCAGCUUCGCGGCGAGCACUCAAGGGCGAUGGCUCAUCGGCAACAGUGGAUGUGUGUGGUACGGCUUUGCCAACUCGUUGUUAGGCAUUGUGUCACUUAUCUCUCUGGCCGUGCUAUCAUACGAACGUUACUGUACAAUGAUGGGCUCCACGGAGGCUGAUGCCACCAACUAUAGGAAGGUUGCCGGUGGGGUGGUGAUGUCCUGGGUCUACUCUUUAAUCUGGACUCUGCCCCCUCUAUUUGGUUGGAGUCGCUAUGGCCCAGAAGGCCCUGGGACCACCUGCUCUGUAGACUGGACAACCAAGACAGCCAAUAACAUCUCUUACAUCAUUUGCCUCUUUAUUUUUUGCCUGAUUGUCCCCUUCCUGGUCAUUGUCUUCUGCUAUGGUAAGCUGCUGCUUGCCAUUAAACAGGUCAGCGGUGUGAACACGCCCAUGAGCCGCAAAAGAGAGCACCGGGUUCUUCUCAUGGUGAUCACCAUGGUGAUCUUCUAUCUGCUUUGCUGGCUGCCUUAUGGGAUCAUGGCUCUGCUGGCCACUUUUGGAGCCCCAGGACUGGUGACUGUGGAGGCUAGCAUAGUGCCCUCCAUCUUAGCGAAGUCCAGCACGGUCAUCAAUCCCAUAAUCUACAUCUUCAUGAAUAAACAGUUCUACAGGUGUUUCAGAGCUAUUAUCAACUGUGACAAACCCCAGCGAGGUUCCAGUAUGAAAAGUUCUUCAAAGGUAACUAAACCUGUUCGGCCUGGACGGCGCACAGACAACUUCACUUUUGUGGUUGCUUCAUUGGGACCCACAGUGCUGCCCAACCAGGCAAACCCAGCAGAGGACGGCCCUCUAUCAACAGAUAAUGCCAAACCUGCAGUGGUCUCCCUUGUGGCCCAUUAUAAUGGUUGAGAGUUAUUCAGCUUCAAAAAAUGGUGACACUUGAAGAAACUUUUCACACUAAAUGAGGGAAAUGCAGUGUGAGAUUUGGAGGAUUUCACAAGAAUAUUGCGUAUAAGUACUAUAACAAACAGGAAAAUAAAAGAAUCCCGAGGGAGGCUGAUUUUGUGGAGUUUAUUUUUAUGCUCUACUGUAUAUGUGUCUGCUAUCCAACAACUGGGUGUUAUAUUCUUGCAGUAAUAUGUAGCUAGCAGUUCCUAAUUUUCUUUGAAAUGUUCUCAGAUUCUGCAGGUUUUAAGAUGACUAUUUUUGUAGACCUGUCCAAAAGGUCUGCUGAAAGAAAAAGACUAUUCUCAGUACAGUAAACAACAACUAUCGAGUGUUUGAAAAACACUUUUUUGUAAUAGACCUAAUGAAAAAACAUUAUUUAUAUGAAUGUAGAACUUGUUCAUUUUUGAAUGGUGUCAAAACAAAAGGGUUUUUCUACAUCUAUUCAUUUUUUUUUUUUUUUUUUCAUAAGAGAAGAUGGGUAUGACUUUUAUCAAUGGCUUUUAAACCCUGUAAGCACCGUUACUGUAUGGCCUGUGAAUGUAUGUUACAGUUUCUAAGUUUCAUGUUUUUUUUUAGUAAUAUAUAUAUAUUAUUUGUUUUGUGAACAUAUAGCUUAUAAGUAUUUGCUAAUUCAAGCAUUUUUUGCUCAGAUGUUUUACAAUUACAUGAUACAAACUAUAGUGAUGUUUAAACCAAACCGAGAGAAGAAUAAAAAGGAAAAGAAAGGAGAAGAUUGCAUUGUGUUAUGACAGUUAACAAUUUAGAUUGUGUGUCUGCAAAUGAAGACUUGUGAUACAUAACUGCAUUUUAAGGACACAACUUCAUUGUAGCAAAAAUACUGAUGUAGGAAUGUCAAAUAUUGAUGUAUAUUUACAUGAAAAAUCUGGUCUGUAUUAUACCAUUUAUUAAUUCUCUAUAUGAUUUCAAUGACAACCACUUCUCAAUUUAGAAGUUAAUAUAAUUUGUAUUGUUAGUGUGAGGCUGGAGAUUCAUGUGCUUCUGAGGAAUUCCAGCUUUAUCAUUCAAUUAACAUAUCAAAUUAGUCGCGCUCUCUUACUCUCACUUAAUUAGUUGUGCAUGACCUGUGUUUAUGUUCAUUCACCCAUGCAGAAAU